AUGCUGAGUCAUCCACUAUUCACAUGUUGGAACUUCAAGACAACAAGUGGACUUCUUCUCUUCGACAUCUAUCGAGGCCGGUCCUGUUUAUCAAUUUCUUCACCAUUUUCUCCUGAAUUUCCGAUGUGGAAAACCCUCAAGGACAAACAUGCCAGCGCGUUUGGCUCGGCUCCCAAGCAGGAGUCAAAACAGGACGAUCAGUCCCUCACCACCAUCCUAAAUCGGUCGCAGCGGGCGGACCUAACCGUACUUAUUGCCCAGAUCGCCCAGCGCAUGAGAGACUUGGCCGAGGAGACCUUCAAGACCCCAGACGCCCAGAAACCGAAAACCGCGUCUGACAAUCUUAUUGAUUUGGACGAUGACGGUGGUUGGGAUUGGGACUCGGACAAGGAUGAAAAGGCUAAAAAAGCCAAAGCUGAUCGUGCGCGCACCGAAUAUGUACCAACCAACGAGGAUGCCAAAGAGGAGGCCGCCUUGUUGACACAAUUCGACGACUGGAGGGACUCUGUCCUACUUCGAGUGGGCGAAGUCGUCAAUAAAGACGCAGAGGACGACGAGGGAGAUUCCCUGCAUGGUGCUCAGCCUGAGAGUCCUCAUGAAGACGACGAUGGCGACCGCACGUGGAAGAGGCUGUCCAAAGUAUAUCCUCCCGUGGAGACACCUCUAAUUAAACUCCCCAAGCCGAAGAGACUGUUGAUACUGCACUCGCUACUCCUUUUGCUUCUUAGUCUGGAGCAUUACAAUGCUAGAUCUCGCGUAUUGAUGCUGUUCACGGCGUCCAGUUUGGGAAUUGGCAUCAAGACGCUGAACCAGGAUGAAGUCAAGGUUGCGCGGGGUUUACUCGACGCCGCUCUCCAGCUCAGUGCGAGUGGAGAGGCUCAAAGCCCGAGCAGAGACGACUCCUCAAGGAAGUGGAAAGUCGGUAUUGCUUCUGUUGCGGGCGCUGUUUUGAUUGGUGUGACCGGUGGUCUUGCCGCCCCCUUCAUCGCAGCUGGCCUGGGAACCGUCAUGGGCGGUCUGGGUCUAGGAGCGACAGCAGCAGCUGGAUAUCUCGGUGCCCUUGCCGGUAGCGGUGUCAUUGUUGGCGGUCUCUUCGGUGCCUACGGAGGAAAAAUGACCGGACGCAUGGUUGACAAGUAUGCCCGCGAAGUGGACGACUUUGCCUUUUUGCCGAUUCAUGGCUCGCAAAAGAGGACCGAGAACGAAAGGGACGCUGCCAAGGACGAACAUCGCCUUCGAGUGACCAUUGGCGUCUCAGGAUGGCUGACUGAAGAGAGCAAUUUCUACGUCCCCUGGCGUGUCAUUGGCAGCGACUCUGAAGUAUUUGGCCUUCGCUGGGAGACAAAGGCCCUAAUGGAUCUUGGAAACGCGAUGGACUACUUGGUCACAACAGCUGCCUGGACCGCUGGUGGACAGAUUCUAUCCAAGACUUUCUUGGGGGGCUUGCUGAGUGCAAUGAUCUUGCCUCUUGGUCUGUUGAAGAUUGCCCGUAUAGCCGACAACCCCUUUAGUGUCGCCAAGGCCCGAGCAGACAAGGCGGGCGAGGUGCUCGCCGACGCACUGAUCAGCAAGGUACAAGGCGAGCGCACCGUCACCCUCAUCGGCUACUCUUUAGGCUCGCGAGUGAUCUACUCUUGUCUCCAAAGUCUAGCGAAAAGACAGGCGUACGGACUGGUAGAUUCAGCAGUUCUGAUGGGAUCACCAACACCAUCAGAUGCACCAGAUUGGCGGCGCCUCCGACGAGUCGUCAAUGGACGGCUGAUCAACGUCUACUCUGAGAACGACUCCGUGCUUGCAUUCCUGUACCGAACAAGCAGUCUCCAAUACGGCGUCGCGGGCCUUCAGCCCAUUGAGAACGUGCCUGGCGUCGAGAAUCUAGAUGUUAGCGACAUAAUCAGCGGCCAUCUGCGCUACCAGUACCUUAUCGGGCGGAUCCUGAGAACCCUAGCAUUGGAGAGCAUCAAUGCCCGGGAGCUUGCUCGAGAAGAGGCAGCGUUGGCUGCAAAGGACAAGAAGCAGGAGCAGCAGCGGAUCCAGAACGAGCGAAAGGCGGGUAUUGAGGGUGACAAGGAGGCGGCGCGCAAGAAGUUGGAGAGCGGCGAAAUUGCCGAAGAGGAGGAGCGCAGGAUCCAAGAGGCGGAGGAGAAUCGGCCGAAGCUGCCCCGUCGGCCUGCUCGGACCCCGACCGGGAAGAGUGAGAGUGGAGAGAUUCUGUCUGGCCCUGGUUCUGGAAGUAAGAUGGUUGAUGGCGCCAAGGACGAGCCGUCGCGAUCGCUCGAAAGUGACAAAACUGCUGGACGAGAGGAGCGCCAAGUCCAAGCAGCAAAGGAGACUCCACGUCAGAUCCCGCGUCGCCCUGUCCAGGCCCAGGUCGAACAGAGUGACGAGGAAACUCCGUCUCGCAUCAAAAUGACAGACGAUGAUGAAGACCAGACUCGGCCCGGCGUCACGACAACCCAGGAACCUGCUGAGUUACCACCUUGGCAUAAGUUUGAGAAUAGCAACACCGCUGAAGGCAAGGAGCGAACUCGGUCCGGAAUCAAGGUGGCCCAGGAACCCGCUGAAUUACCACCUUGGCAUAGAUUCGAGAGUAGCAAUACUGCCGAAGGAGAGUGGCGCAAUGUACAUGCCGUGGAGAAUCGGCAUCGGCUCCCACGUCGCCCCGUUCCUGCACCCGCAUCGGCUGAGCAAAGUGACGAGGAGCCCUCUUUUGGCAUCAAGAUGAUCGACAACGACGACUGA